UGGUGAAGUUGUGUUGACAAAUCUCGAAAUAUGAAAAAGAAGUUACACACGGAAUCUGCAGCGCUCAGAGACACGUGGAGGUGGUCGCAGCUGUGGACCGACUCCUGGAGGAAGUUUAUUCUAGUUUCAUAACAGUUUAGUUUACGACUUCACUUCUGUGUCCUCCGCCGGCUGUUUAGCAUUAGCCACUAGCUAGCUGGCUAAGUCCGCUAGCAGGAACAUGUGAGGGCGCCGCCGCUGUCGCAGAGGUGAGGGUCACUUGAAUAACUCCUGUCAACAUGGCUGGGCGUGUUGUCUGAACAGCGCCUUGAAGCAACUUUACACGUUAGUGUUUUAGCGGCGGAUGUUUCCACCUUAUCCCGACUACACCCACUCCACCUUUAGCCCCGAGCCGUGAUUAAACCUUGACAUCAACGGGAGCUCAUGACCCACUGUCAGGGGAAGGGAGCGCGAUGAAGCCCCCGGGCAGCACCUCCACCACCACCGGCUUCUUCAACUUCUCCCACGCGGGGGAUGAAGCUUCGGACCCCUCUGCUCAGUCCUCCAGCACCACCAUGUCCAUCGAAAAGCUCUUCCCGGCGCUGCUGCAGUGCUUCGGGAUCAUCCUGUGCGGGUACAUCGCGGGGAGGGCGAACAUCAUCACCUCCACUCAGGCUAAAGGACUCGGCAACUUUGUGUCCAAGUUCGCCCUCCCGGCGCUGCUGUUCAAGAACAUGGUGCUGCUGGACUUCGGGAACGUCAUCUGGUCGUUUCUCUGGAGCGUCCUCGUCGCCAAAGUGUCCGUGUUCCUGCUGGUCUGCGUCCUCACCCUGGUCGUAGCCAGCCCCGAGAGUCGCUACAGUAAAGCCGGGCUCUUCUCUAUAUUUGCCACACAGAGCAAUGACUUUGCUUUGGGAUUUCCUAUAGUUGAAGCCCUGUACCGGAACACCUACCCAGAGUACCUCCAGUACAUCUACCUGGUUGCACCCGUGUCCUUGAUGCUUCUGAAUCCCAUCGGCUUUGCCUUCUGUGAGAUCCAGAAGUGGAAGGAUCAGGGAAACCACCAGCAGAGCAAACUUCUAAUUGUGGGACUUGUAGUUCUGCAGGUCUUAAAGAACCCCAUAGUAUUCAUGGUUGUCAUCGGCAUUGUCGCCCACUUUGCCCUGCACCAGACAAUUCCUGCCUUCAUGGCUAACUUCCUGGAUGGCUUGGCCAACUCUUUCGGGGGAGCGGCUUUGUUCUACUUGGGUCUGUCCAUGGUGGGCCAGUUGAGAAAACUCACCAGAUCCACAGUCGUUACACUGAUAUUACUCAUCACCGCAAAACUGUUGCUAAUGCCCCUGAUUUGUAAGGAGAUGGUGGAACUGUUGGACAACAGCAACACCACCUCGCUGAACCACUCCAGCCUCUCCAAUUAUGCCUUUCUUUAUGGAGUGUUUCCCACCGCACCGAGUGUGGCUAUCUAUGCUGUCUAUUACAACGCGGAGCUAGAAGUUGUAACCUCUGGGAUGGUGAUCAGCACUUUCCUCUCAGCUCCAAUAAUGUAUGUGUCUGCCUGGUUGCUCACAAUGCGAAGGAUGGACCCUCAGGUUCUGAUGAAUUCACUGCAGAAUGUCAGCUUUAACAUAAGCAUAGUGAGCUUAGUUUUACUGGUGUGGACAAUUGCUGUCAUGUUUUUAAGUAAGAAAUUGAAAAGGCUACCUCAUAUUUUUACAGUCAACCUUUUCUUGGCACAACUUCUAACUUGUAUCGGGAUGAUCCUGUGGAACUUUGUGGUGAAGGAAAACAACUUCAUUGGGCAGUACCUGACUUUCACAUUAUUAUGUACCUCACUCUACAGUACCUACGUGUGGCCAGGUCUAAUAGCGCUCUCACUCGUGCUUGUGAGAAACUCAGAGGAUCUGAAAGUACCAUCAGGUGUGUUGGUGAUCACAGGCUGGGGGUUUCCAGCCUUAGUAACUGCUGCGUUGCUCCUUUCUGGGGAAAAAAUGUCCAACACGAUUGACUCAUCAUUUUUUUAUGGAAGAUCACAGAUUAUCUGCACCAUAAUAGUAGCCGCCCUUAGCAUACUGCUGGGAGGCAGCUCGCUUGUUUGUGUCAGUCGAGGAAGCUGGGCCCAGGAUGACCAUAUCCUGGAGGGAAACUCUUCGUCCGAUUUUGCAGAAGAUCUCGUGAUGGAAGUUGAACCAGAGAAUCAGACUCUUUCUGAGCCGGUCACCCCGUCAGGAGAUCUCAACAGCAACAACGCAUGCCUCAUAUGUGACUGUGCACCGCCCCAGCCCAUGCCUGACAUGAUCAUCAGCACAAAUAUUAACAACACACAGGCCACCCUCACAGCUCAGUGUGAGAGGAGGUGCGAGUCAACAGACUGCCUGCUCGUCCAAGUGGAAGAGCUCCAACAGGUGGCAGACAGACAAGUGGGCCGUCAUGUGCUCUUGUGUCUGCUGCUGACUGUCAGCUUGCUUGCUAACUUGUCCAGCUGCCUGUGGUUACUCUUUAACCGUGUUCCUGGUAGACUCUACUUGGAGCUGCAGUUCUUCUGUGCUGUGGCCAACUAUGGACAGGGUUUCCUCUCCUUCGCUCUAUUUGGGCUGGACAAGCAUUUGAUUAUAUUACCAUUUAAAAAGAGGUUAUAUAAACUGUGGUACAGAAGGAAGCGAGAGGAGCAGCUGCAGAGUGAUUUACCCGAGGAUGUCAGGAUGACAUGCACCAAGUUCACAAAGUACCACAAGGACCAGUGUUUUCAUGACAUUGUUAAGAAGAAAAGGUGUGGGAAGAAGGCUACGGUUGACUGCUUUCUUGGCUGUGAACUUGUGGAGUGGCUUCAGCAGGUCGGCUUGGCUCAGGACCGUGGUGAGGCGGUACUCUACGGGACGCAGUUACAGCAGGGCAGCGUGCUCCAGCACAUCAGGCAGGAAUACGACUUCCAAGACAGCCAGCUGCAUUACCGCUUCAUAACUUAAGACAAAAAGAUCAGGGUUGACAGUUCCCACAUUUCUGAUCAUAGAAAAUAACGAACUGAAGGAAUGACGCUGAACUUUCAAGAGUGCACACUGAAAUUUCAGCUUGCAUUGUCAUACUGUGGUCUGCACCCAACAGCAGUUGGGUGUUGAAACAGACAUCAUGGGGAUGUUUGGUGUUGCCUGAGUGCAACAUGCAUGAAACUGAAAGGCCAAGGCACUAUGCAAUACUUGAAGUGGUUUUAAAGGGAAUUACAAAUUAAAGGGUGUGUGUGACAGAUUUAGUGGCAUCUCAACAGGUGACAUAAAACAUGAAGGGACCAGUGUAGAGCCAGAGUUUGGUUUGUCUGUUGUGGACUAUUUGAGAAAAAUGCCAGAACAACAUGGCGAAUGUAGUGAGUAAUAGAAGUGGCAGUUGAAAUCACUUGUGUGGAAAAACUAGAGCUCUAGUUUAGUCACAAGGUCGGUCUUCAAAUUCUAACAAAUCUAUAAAACAGACUCCUCAGAUUAUCUUGCAAGUUAAUAUUGGCUAUUCUCUGGUUGUUCAUUUACGUGUCUGUGUUCCUGACUGUUGAAUUGACGUCACUUGCAGACUUUAAUCUGCAGUAAAGAUUUUUCAGUGAAAUAUUAAUAUGACUAACUUCAAAACUUAGAGGUGUUAAACUUCAAGGUGUUUGCUUUUAAUAAGCAUAUUUUCAAGAUAAGUAUUUCUAAUCCUUUGGGGUGGAACAAGACUUGAAUAUUUUCUAUGUAGUAAAUACACUGGAAUUUGCAGUACUCUAUUUUAUGGUAUUA